AUGAUCUUCGCCCUCUCCGAAUUUUCCCCAGUCGCCAGUCUUGCAUCGUCUACCGGUUAUAUCACUUCAUUCCCCUCGAAUUUCCCGAAGAUGAAUUGCGGCGACGUUGAUUCGCCGCCUUACAUCACAUCCUAUCAAAAUGGUCCAUACAGCUCCUCUAUAGCUUCCUCAGCCUCAUCCUCCUCCGCGUCAGUCUGGUCCGAUGCCUCGUCACAAACAUCGGAUGACUCUUCGACUACCGCAUCGUCCGAAUCAGAAACAGCAGAAUAUUGUGCACCUUCCUUUGUAAACACCAGCAACAUCUGCGAAAACAAUACAGAAAACAAUAAAACAAUAUGGCCGAAGAAGAUAUCUUCCGAAGUUGCUUCAGAACAAAGGCAGCAUCCAAGAAGGACCAGUGUGGGAGCAUCCCAAACCAGAUGCCCUCCCUCCCUAGUUCGCCAAUGCGAUCGGAAGGUCAACUUCGUCGACAGCCUCGUCGAUUCUUCAGCUCAGAUAGUAGAAGCCAUAUGGCCCCUUUCUUCAGUCGUUUGCAGAAACGAGAUGGGUAAUAAAGGCGUUCUUCCCUUGCGCACAUUCAUUCAAGAGACUCUCCGUCGAUCAAGGACAAGUUACUCGACCCUACAGGUCGCUUUGUACUACCUGAUCCUGAUCAAGCCGCAUGUGCCCAAACAUGACUUCACCAUGGAACAACCAGAUGAUGUACACUCUAUCCGAGCGCUUCAAUGCGGACGUCGCAUGUUCCUUUCAGCACUCAUUCUUGCGUCGAAAUAUCUUCAAGAUCGGAAUUACUCUGCUCGUGCGUGGAGUAAGAUUUCGGGACUGAAUACUUUGGAGAUAAAUCAAAAUGAGAUGGCUUUCCUUCUCGCUGUCAACUGGGAGUUACAUAUUACUGAUGCAGUCUUCCAACGCUGGACGGAUAUCGUUCUCAAAUACACUCCAACCCAGCCACCGUCGCCCGGCUCACCUAGUCUCGCAGAACAGUCGGCUGGUUGGAAAGCAAUUAUUUUAAAGUUAAACCCCGAGUUGGAUAAUAUCGAUGGUGUAUCCUCAUCGAAGUCUGCCAAGGCAGACAUCAAGUCUAUCAGCGCAGCCUGCCCGCGAUCAUUCGCACCAUUGGUUGCCGACCGAAGCACAUUUGGAUAUGGCUCCAACGAGUCAACUCCAACUCCACAAUACUAUACACCCAGUGUCUUGGAGCCUUCGCUAUCAACCGCAUAUCCUAGUAAACCUGCGUCAGCUAUUGGUCUAUUACCUACACCUAGACUGACCCCCCAGAGUUCUGGAUUCAACACUCCUGCAGUGAGUGCUGCUUCUUGCAUGCUCGGCAAAUCCUCAAUGGGUUUUGCAAUGGCCCAUGCCUCAAACGCGUGCGCCGCGCAAAUGACCGACAGAUGGCAAACUUCAUCACCUCAAUCUUAUGUCUCUGGUCGCCGAUCUUCAUUGGCCAGUUCGAUUUCCUCGAUGUCUUCUCCAGAAUCUAUGGUCUCAGACUCGUCGCGAUCAUCCCGUUCAUCCUCAAUUUCAUCUGCCUCGUCUCUGAUGAGCGCGCCGAUUUCGUCCAAGCUGGACGUCCAGGCGCGCUGUCGGUACGCGAAGAUGUGCUCUGAGCGACAGAAUAGGACGGUGAUUGCUACAGUUCCUGAGGGAUAUUGUGAAGGCCCAACAUCGUCCCCAGAAUCUUACACUGGACCAGUCGGAAAGGACUUCCUUGAUUUGUCGCUGGAUACUCCAUUGGCAAGACGAGAAGUUGAUAUGGAGUACUUUUCCAAAGAUGAAGAAGCUGCUCGUGCUCUGCAAGAACUCCAUAACCAUCCCAGAUCUGUGGAAUCUCCAAGCAGGAAGCGCAGUAGACCGCAAUCAAUCGACAAUUCGCUUCAAGAAAAUGUUCGCGAGAUAUUGAACCCCUACCAAUCAGCCGAGAGCAAUUGGUCAGAGAAUCUUAUCCGGUCACGUGCCGUCCUCACCAGCCCAUCUCAGUUUGCACUUCGUCCCACGUCCAAUGGAUCCAUUGACGAAAGCGGGUAUGCUGUGCUACGGAGGCAACUCGGAGUUUACCUCGAAUGA